GGUGCCCAGGGGGCUCGGGGGUGUCUGUGGGGUUUGGGACGUGCCCCUCUCUGCCUGGGGUGGGAUGGGGUCCUGCCACCGCCUCUCUCCACUCGGUGCUGCCUCCAUGCCCCCCGUGCCCUCCCCACUCUGCUGGGUUUGGGGUUUAAUUCAUUUUCAAGGGUUUUUUCCAUGUUAUGGCAGCCUCUCCCCUCGUGAUCUCGUGUUUGGCGCGGACGCAGCCGGGCUGGGUGUGAGGUGACAGCAGGACCCGGGGCUGGGGGACACCAGGGGCAGGGCCAGGGGACACAUCCAGCCCCUGUGAGCUGCUCCACGGGGAAAGGGACCCGGCAGAGCCAUCCCUGGGGACCCUGGGGCUGUGGAUGGGCUGGCAGUGCUGGGGACACCCCAUGGGUGACAGCCCAGGGCCCAUUCCCUCCCUCCGGAACCAUGGGGGGGACACCAGGACCUUUGUGUCCCUGCUGUGGUGACAGCUCCUGCUCACUGCUCCAGUGCUGGGAUGUCCCUGCCCCGGGCACAGCUCAGGACCAGCCUGGGCCUGCUGUGCCUCAGUUUCCCUGGAGCCCUCGGGGGCGUCUCUGCUGCCUCCCCCGGGUGCUCCCUGCUCAGGGCCCGUUGUCCUUAAAAAGGCAGCCGGGAGUUGGGAGCCUCUGGUUGGGCUCUGCCAGGGCUGGGGGUGGCCCCGGCUGUGUCCGGGCUCGGGGACAGCCCCCACCGUGUCCCUGGGGGGCUCUGAGCUGAUCCCCCCUGCAGAAUCCCCCCGGCAGGGGCCAGACCCGGGCUCGCCCUCACUGCAGGGUCGGCACUGGGACCCACAACCCCUGGGCUGGCUCAGGCCGAGCAUUUGGGGCUUUGGGACAGCAAAAGCCCAAAAAUGGGGGCGGAGAGAGAAAACCACGGGGAGAGGCAUCCCAGGAGCGCCGGGUGCCAGGCCCGGGGGGGAAGCGAGGCCGGGAGGAGCCGGGGCGGCUCCGGCAGCUCCGAUCCCGGCCCGGCCCGGGGGUGUCCCCGCGGCAGAGCCCCCCGGCCGCCCCCACCCCGCGGGGGCUUCUCCAGCGCUCCCCAGGCGCUUCCAGCUCCUUUUCCCCUGCCCGUCGCUUAUAAGGACUUGUGUCUCACUUGUUUAUGGCAGCGCAGCAUAAAAGGAACGGAUCCCGACGGGGCUGAUGCUCCCAAGCAUCCCUACCAUACAUUUUCCUACAAUAAUUAACCGGGCUGGGUCCUACCACCGGCCCGAGGUCAAUUUAAUGAAAUAAAACACCUUAUAUGGCCAUAUGGCCAACACACCAUCACUGAGCCUAUUUAGGGUCUUUGUUUAGAGCGGAUCCGCCUCUGAGGUUCCUCGGGCUCGCCGGUAUUUAUACCCACGGGCUCCGGGGCUCGGUCCCAGAGGAAAGGAGCUCUCGCCUCCGUGGUGAGUACUGCCCUGCCCAGCCCUGCUUCCCUUCUUCCUCGCAGCACUCCGGGCAGCAAAAACACCUCGGGAGGUUUUUUUUUGGGGGUGUCCCAGCGUUUCUGGGUGGCACCAGCUGGGUUUGCCUGGCACGGAGGGGGUGCCAACCUCGGCACGACCCCACAGCUGGAGGUGCUGGGAGCUGGGCUGAGGCCAAGGCAGGUUGUGCUCUCACAGAAAUCUCUGCGAUUUGGGGUUUUUCUUUUGCUUUUUGGGCUCCUGCAAGGUUUUGCCUGUUUCCCUCUGGAUCGGGGAGCACAGGGGGCACCCCCUGGGAAGGGCAAUUUUAUUUCCCCCCCGUCUUUGGGAGAGGAUGCGAGGUCAGAGCAGCAAAAUGCUGCUGAGACUGAAGCGGACGAGAGGGCAUCACCUGGCACCCCCUGGCAGGCACCACCUGGCACCCCCUGGCAGGCACCACCUGGCACCCCCUGCCCGCUUCGGGGGGCGCCGGCCGGGCACAGCAGCACUGGAGCUCCCAGGGGAGCCCUUGGCACUGAUUUUGGCCACGAAGAGGCUGCAGAAGGAUGGAGCAGCAGCAGCAGCAGCAGCCACGGGGAACGAGCAUCACCCAGGGAGGAUUUACAGGGCUGCCCUUCCCUGAGGACUCCGACAGCUCCGAACCCAAACCCCCGGCGAUGGCACGGGAUGAGCCCCAUCCCAGCCUGUCUGUAACCCCCCUUUCCCCCCUGGCCAGCUUUUCCCCCAGGUCCCCCCAGCACCGAGCGCUGCCACCCCGCCAUGUGUGACGAGGAAACCACGGCCCUGGUGUGCGACAACGGCUCCGGGCUCUGCAAGGCCGGCUUUGCCGGCGACGAUGCCCCCCGCGCCGUCUUCCCCUCCAUCGUGGGCCGGCCCCGGCACCAGGGUGUCAUGGUGGGCAUGGGGCAGAAGGACAGCUACGUGGGCGACGAGGCGCAGAGCAAGAGGGGCAUCCUCACGCUCAAGUACCCCAUCGAGCACGGCAUCAUCACCAACUGGGACGACAUGGAGAAGAUCUGGCACCACUCCUUCUACAACGAGCUGCGCGUGGCCCCCGAGGAGCACCCGACCCUGCUCACCGAGGCUCCCCUCAACCCCAAGGCCAACCGGGAGAAGAUGACCCAGAUCAUGUUUGAAACCUUCAACGUCCCCGCCAUGUACGUGGCCAUCCAAGCCGUGCUCUCCCUCUACGCCUCCGGCCGCACCACCGGCAUCGUCCUGGACUCCGGGGACGGCGUCACCCACAAUGUGCCCAUCUACGAGGGCUACGCGCUGCCCCACGCCAUCAUGCGCCUGGACCUGGCCGGCCGCGACCUCACCGACUACCUCAUGAAGAUCCUCACCGAGAGGGGCUACUCCUUCGUCACCACCGCCGAGCGGGAAAUCGUGCGCGACAUCAAGGAGAAGCUGUGCUACGUGGCGCUGGACUUCGAGAACGAGAUGGCCACGGCCGCCUCCUCCUCCUCGCUGGAGAAGAGCUACGAGCUGCCCGACGGGCAGGUCAUCACCAUCGGCAACGAGCGCUUCCGCUGCCCCGAGACGCUGUUCCAGCCCUCCUUCAUCGGCAUGGAGUCUGCUGGGAUCCACGAGACCACCUACAACUCCAUCAUGAAGUGCGACAUCGACAUCCGCAAGGAUCUCUACGCCAACAACGUCCUGUCCGGGGGCACCACCAUGUACCCGGGCAUCGCCGACCGCAUGCAGAAGGAGAUCACUGCCCUGGCCCCCAGCACCAUGAAGAUCAAAAUCAUCGCCCCGCCGGAGCGCAAGUACUCGGUGUGGAUCGGCGGCUCCAUCCUGGCCUCCCUCUCCACCUUCCAGCAGAUGUGGAUCAGCAAACCCGAGUACGACGAGGCCGGACCCUCCAUCGUCCACCGAAAAUGCUUCUAAGCCCCCUCCCUGCCUGCGGGGCCCCCCGUGCCCAGGCUGGGGUGCCCCGCUCCCCCCCGGACCCCGCUGCUCCUCCCCACGCCCACCGCGCAUUAAAGAAGCCUUUUCUCCA